AUGUCGACUUCGCGACUAUUAUCUCCCCUUCAUAAUUAUGGGAAAUUUCAGUCCACUGCGUCACUCCGAAGCCAGAAGUCAGCUGUUUGUGUCGGGUCGCGAUCAGUGUUAAUAAAACAGAAUAUUAGAAGAAUGGCGACACAUAAACCAACGUUAACUAUCGAAAAUUUAAAUCCUUGCAUCAAGGUAAUGGAAUAUGCGGUCAGAGGACCGUUAGUCACUAGAGCCGGCGAAAUCGAAAAAGAAUUAGAAAAGGGCGCAAGCAAACCAUUCAAGGAAGUUAUAAAAGCCAACAUUGGAGAUUGCCAUGCUAUGGGCCAAGUUCCAAUCACCUUCAUCCGUCAAGUGCUGGCUUUGGUCGCUUAUCCGAAACUUCUAGACGACCCUCAAUUUCCAGAAGAUGCUAAAGAGCGCGCAAGAACUAUAUUAAAGGGUUGCCGGGGUAGCUCACUAGGAUCUUAUACUGAUUCGCCUGGUAUUGAAGUUAUCAGAAGACACGUAGCACAGUAUAUCGAGAACAGGGAUGGUAUUCCAAGCGAUUGGCAGAAUAUUGUGAUUAGUGGGGGUGCCAGUGACGCUAUCAAAAACGUUCUCAAACUCUUCAUAUGCCGUACAAAUGGAAAGAAACCCGGUGUAAUGAUUCCCAUUCCACAAUACCCAUUGUAUUCCGCAACUUUAUCUGAAUUUGAUAUUGAUCAAGUCGGGUAUUAUCUAGACGAAUCAAAGAACUGGGGUCUUUCUUUACAAGAACUAGAGAGGUCGAUAAACGAAGCUAAAAAGCAAUGCACUCCAAGAGCUAUUGUGGUUAUCAAUCCAGGAAAUCCCACCGGACAAGUUUUGACCAAAGAAAAUAUCGAAGAGAUUGUAAAGUUCGCACAGAAAGAAAAGCUGUUCAUUUUGGCCGAUGAAGUAUAUCAGCACAAUAUAUACGACCCUAACUCAAAAUUCCAUUCUUUCAAAAAGGUUAUGUAUGAAAUGGGAGAACCUUACAGAAGCAUGGAGCUUGCCAGUUUCAUGUCUUGUUCCAAGGGUUACAUGGGCGAGUGCGGUCUUAGGGGAGGUUAUGCAGAAGUCGUCAAUAUGGAUCCAGAAGUUAAAGCCCAAUAUUUUAAAGCAAUUAGCGCUAUGUUGUGUUCAACUACUUUCGGUCAAUCGACUUUAGAUGUUAUUGUGAACCCUCCCAAACCAGGAGAACCCAGUUACGAACAAUUCGAAAAGGAUAAGGCUUCCGUUUUGGAAUCUCUUAAGUUAAGGGCCAAAAUGGUAGCUGAUACAUUCAAUUCCAUGGAAGGCUUCAGCUGCAACCCAGUCCAAGGGGCCAUGUACGCCUUCCCCCAAUUUAAACUCCCACCCAAAGCCAUCGAAGCAGCAAAGAAGAAGGGUCAAGCCCCCGAUGCAUUCUACGCCUUCGAUUUAUUGGAAUCCACAGGUAUUUGCAUCGUUCCUGGAUCCGGAUUCGGCCAGCAGCCUGGCACCCACCACUUCAGAACUACCAUCUUACCCCAACCCGAAAAGCUAAAGGCCAUGUUGGAUAAAUUCGCCGAAUUCCACACUCAAUUCUUGAAAAAGUAUAGUUAA